AUGUCGGGAAAUAUAACUCAUGAAAAUUCAAACGAACUUUUGCGUUUAAGCUUGCAGGACAGUGCAAAGAUCUCCAACCCAGCCGUGAAUUUAGCUCACAGGUCAUCCUCUACAAACGCUAAAGGAUUCUGGAAUCAAUUCAUGUUUCGUGGAAAAUCAGGCUUCAGAUACGUGCUGCCAAUCAGGAACGCCGAGGUCCGUCAGGAAAAGUGUCGCUCGUUCACUUUCUCUCAGAGGAUCUUCCAUGAAAACUGCGAAACGUUGGAGCUCCAGAACAACGUGUGUUUUGGAAAAUGUGACAGGUCGCCCUCUAGUGGGGAUGAAGAAGCUUCCUCUCCUUGUUCUGUCUGCUCACCCGUUAUCAUAACGUCCAAGAUUGUGAAACUAAAAUGCACUGACAACACAGAAAUUACAAAAGUUGUAAAAAUAAUAGAGGACUGUCAAUGCGAAACAAAAGAAGGACAACAUUCACAUCAUAACGGUCCUGUGCUGGUUGAUCCAAGCGUUCAUCAAUAG